CCUGACGUCAACAUGCAACCCCAUUUUCAAGAUUCUGACAUUUUAUCUUAUCUCGUCCUUCCUCAGGACUAUAAUCCUCUUCCGAGCAUCGAUCCCAUUGAGUUUUUGAAAAGACAUCUACACGAGCUACCCCCCAACACCAUACAGCGGUUCUCACUCGUCACAACGCCGAAACAGCGAACAGCGAUUACUGAGAUACGCAAUCGAAGACUGAAAUUUACUGAAUCAAGGCCACGGUCUCUGAGCUUCGCGGUUGCCCGAAAUACCUGGCCAACACUGUGGCAGGGCAGAGAGCGAAGGGGACAAGAAGAGGGGAAGGAGGAGCAAGAAUGGGCAAAAAUGAGUUUCCUAGGUGGUACAGAGCAACAGGUGGGCAACCUGGCAAAGCUACUCGGCGACAUGGAGGAAGAGCGGGAAGCGGAGAGAGUACGAAUUAUCCGAAGAACGCAGGCGAACGAUGAUUUUGUUCCGGAAGAGGAAAGUGACAGUGAAGAAGAAGACGAAAUUCCUGAAAUUCAAGAGUCUGAAUCUCCAGAAGAGGCUCAGGCGUUGUUUGAAAGACGCAUAAGGGAACGAUUCAUAUAUGGUUUGCUUGAAGGAGCAGAUUAUGAUUUAGUUGACUGGGAUGAGUGGCUCGAUGUAGAGGAUGAUAGAGAUGCAGAAGAGCGGUGGUUUAACGAUGAUUAA